AUGGACGGACUACUCGCGGAGAUCAACAACAAGCGCAAGACUUUAGAGGUAGAUGUAGGAGAAUCCAGUGCGGAUGGUGCGCGAAAGUACAUGCGUCGAGCCGAGGUGGAAGCAGCUCGAGAAGCAGAGGCGAGGAGAAAACGCGAAGAGGCAGCCAAAGCGAAGGAAAAUGCAAAGAGCGCUAACCGAGCAGCGAGGAUGCGCGAAGAGAAAGCAUCGCUGGCUCGGCUAGCGUCCCCUGGAUCUGGUCGUGAUACACCCAAUGCGAGAGAUUCGCCGGCGCCGGGGACAGAGAAAGAAGGAUUCAACAUCUCUCCAGAGGAAGCUGUGAGGCGUCUGCGAGCCAAAGGUCAACCGAUACGGCUAUUUGGAGAGACAGACAAGGAUAGAAGAUUAAGAUUGAGAGCUUUGGAACUGUUGGAAGAACGAGGCGAACAUCCUGGUUUGAACGACUUUCGCAAAACCUUUGCGGACCUCGAGAGCGCAGCGGAUGAGAAGGAGGCGGGUCGAUUGGCGCGAGAGAGUCAUCGUAAAGCUCAGGAUGGAGGCAAGGAGGAUGAAGCACCUGUUGAGGAGAAGAAGAGCAAGAGUGAACGAGUGGACGUUGGCGUUUUGGAUCUGUCACUGGUCAAGACGGAUCCCAAUAAGCUAUAUCCCAUCAUAUACCACGCUAUCAAGAAUGUCUUGAAGGAGUGGGAGGAGUGGAUGGAUGCCAGGCCAGAUGAGGUAAAACAGACAAUGCAAGGCAAACUUGCGGCGGCAACUCAAGUAUCAUCAGCUCAAAACCUCAAGCCGCUGUUCCGACAGCUCCGGUCGAGAGAUAUGGCAGCCGACGUCUUGAGGAAUCUGUCCGAAAUCGUCCACUUCAUGCAGACUCGACAAUACUCGAAAGCAAACGACGCAUAUUUGCGCAUGUCCAUCGGCAACGCAGCCUGGCCCAUUGGAGUUACGUCCGUUGGUAUUCACGAGCGUUCGGCGCGAGAAAAGAUUGGUCAGGACAAUAUUGCCCACGUUCUGAACGAUGAAGUGUCAAGAAAGUGGAUUCAGGCGAUCAAGCGCUUACUGACAUUCUCUCAAACGGUCCGGCCGCCGGAUCUCGCUGCCCAGCUCAUGGGUUAG